AAAGUGCUUAAAAAGUAGGUAACGGUUAAAUUGAAACUCAGACGCGAUUCAAAACACCCUGUGGCAAUAACUUUGAUUGGUUUUUAGAGAAAGCUUCAGGAUCUAAUAAUUGCCAACUUAUUGAAUAUCGAAAGACUUUAUAUUUUUUGGAAAUUUCCCUUCUAGUGACAUCGACACAGCAUUUGUUUUUCUAUAUUUGUAUUGUGGUGGUCUCCAAGAAAUUCCGCGUUCGUUCAUUCUUUACUUCGUUCCCAGCAACUAAAGUUAUGGCAAUGCAGAUGUCACAGAUGGACCCGCUGCCCCGCGACCUACCUUUUCGAAUUAUUUCUAAAACAAUAGGCAGAGGUGCCUACGCAUCGUGAGUCCAAAAUAAGACUAUCUGACCGUCUUUUGCUAUACAACAAAUCAUAUAUAUAUAUACUAAUAAACACUGUAGAAUCAAGAAAGCCAUUCCUCCAGCCGACCCUACUCCGGUAUUCGCAGUCAAAUUCAUACAUAAAGCUUAUGCUGUCAAACAUGGCCGAAUUUCCUCAAAGCAAAUUGCAAUGGAGGUGUCGUUGCACUCCCAUAUUGGACGGCAUCCGAAUAUUAUAGAGUGGUUUGCGACAGGUGAAGAUGCUGUGUGGAAAUGGAUAGCUAUGGAAUAUGCAGAAGGAGGAGACUUAUUCGACAAAAUCGAGGCGGAUGUCGGAGUCAAGGAAGACAUUGCACAUUUUUAUUUCACACAAUUGGUUAGUGGAGUAAGCUAUAUGCAUGCGAAGGGUGUUGGGCAUCGAGAUAUUAAGCCCGAGAAUAUAUUACUGUCGAGCAGUGGUGAUCUAAAGAUUGCGGAUUUUGGGCUGGCGACGCUAUUUGAAUAUAACGGUGCUAGAAAGCUUAGUACGACUAUGUGUGGUAGCCCUCCAUAUAUAGCCCCGGAAGUAAUCUCUUGUUCUAAGAGUACUCAAACGAAGGUGAAAGGAGCAGGAUAUGCUGCAAAUAUGGUGGAUAUCUGGUCGUGCGGGGUCGUAUUAUUUGUGCUAUUGGUGGGGAAUACACCUUGGGAUCAACCUACGGCUGAAAGUUGGGAAUUCGAUGAAUACAUCAAAUCCAAUGGGCGAAGUUCAGAUGAAUUAUGGCGAAGAUUGCCAGCUUCAGUUCUAUCAUUGCUACGAGGAAUGAUGAAUGUGGAUGCAUCCAAGCGCUUCAAAUUUGAACACAUCAAAAGACAUCCAUGGUAUACACGGAAGAACCCACUUCUUACAAAAGACGGCAAAAUGAGCGAUCCAUUGGGUCUUGCCACUCAGAUGUUGGCGAAUCUUCGUAUCGACUUUGAGCAAAAGCCUAGCGCAUCACAGCUCAGCCAAGACGCAAUGCAAAUUGACAGUCAUAAAUUUUCAUUCACACAACCGGAGGCACAGGUCAUAGAUAUGCAAUUUGAUUGGGAACGACCACCUCGCGUAUUACCUACAUCUCAACCUACCGAGGCUAUCACCUGCAAGCUCCAACUUCCAUCGCCAGCUACAUCUAAUUUUGGAGAUGCUACACUAGCUGAUGAACCUUCCAUGUCUCAAUUCUCCUCCAAUCCUGCAGUAUCCCUACGUCUCACGCAACAUGCUCGCCAGUUUCAAGACAUUCUCCCCAAUUACUCGCUUACGCGAUUCUUUUCACAUCUCCCCGUUCCUCAACUAUUAACGCUCCUAUCCGAUUCUUUACAUGCGAUGAACAUACCAAUACCACCUUUGGCCCAGCUUCAAAGCAGUCAAAUGCACGCGGCGUGGGUCAAGGUACGAGCGGUGGAUAGUAGAAGAUGUGGCAUGAAUGGAGAAAUUGUUUUGGAUACUUAUGAGACAGAGGACAGAGAGUUGGUAGAAGUGCGAUUUGUGAAGGUUAAAGGGGAUCCGUUGGAGUGGAGACGAUUUUUCAAGAGGGUAGUGGUGGCAUGUAAGGAUGGAGUCUAUAUACCUUCUAUGGAAGAUGCGUAAUGAGUGGUGUUGGGAAAGAUUGACAAGAAUUUGGAGUAUGGGUGGGGAUGGUUGUAUAGGGAAUGCGAAUAAGGGGAAUCAACGAGCUAUGAUAUAUGAAUUGGUUAGGAUACGGGCAUUGGAUGUUACAGGAGGCCUGGGUAGCCGCUAUAAAGGGACCAUAGAUCAUGAUGUCCCAUUUCACAUCAUGACUUUACGUCGAUAGACUUUUCGUUCAUAUCUUUUAAUUAAUCUUAAUGUUUCUUUUGCUAUUCACAAUU